GGCCGAGGUAGUUUGGCAGGGCGAAGUGACACACAGCACAGGUGAAUAAAAUUCAGCGUUUUCUGUCGUCUGUCAACAACAGAUAUUAAUCUGUAUAGUAGCGGGGGUGUUGAAGUGCUGUCUUCAGUGCCAGCUGACACUUGGAGCGACAUGUCCCAGAAACCCAAGCGGAAACAUGCAGCGAUGACGGCAGAAGUGGUGCCAGUCCCAUCAUCAGUGGUGGCAGCAGCGGCAGCGGUGGUGGCGGAAGGAGGGCACAAUGAUGAACCGUCAUCCCAGCCUGAGAAGAAACCAAAGAAAGAACAACCUUCAACAUCCAAAGAAGACCGAAGAUCACUUGAAGAAAUCACCAAACAGCUCGAAGACACGUUUGACAUCCGGCGCUCAUUCAUCACAAUUGAAAUGCCAGGAAUCCCCAUGAUUCUGGAAACAUACCCGGAUCUGUUCACGGGGAAGAAUAUGUUGUUGGAGUUCCAGAGAAUCUCCAAGAUAGACAUUGAUCACACCAUUCAGGAAUACUGUGUGAAGUUUGCACCAGGAAUUGUAGAACUGGCAAAACAUACUUCCGGAUCGGCAGCCAUUUUGAAACAAGCAGACCAAGCCAAGCAAGACAACGCUGCCUUGAAGCAGUACUGGGACAUGGUGACGGCGCUGUGUCUUAUACCACUGCUUCUGAAAGAAAACAUUGUGGAAAUGGUUCGCGAGAUCGGUGAAGAGGAUGAGGUCGAUCCACGGGGGAAGGUUGUUCCGAUUCUCAUUGCACGAGGGAGCAUCUUCAAAAGUGAUGAGUUUUUCCUGGUGGCAGAGGAAACGGUUCUGCAGGAGUUCGAAGAGUUCACGAUGGCAUUUGCAACACUGUUUUCAUCCUACUGGGUAUUUAACAUGCAGUACCCACGUACUCUGAACAAUACCUAUAACUUUGUCCAGAAAGGCAUUCUCCACUUGCGGGAUGAGACACCGAUUCCGCCCCCGUGUAAACAACUCGUACAGAAGUUACAGAAGUGGAGCAAGAUUGGAAAGGGGAAGAAGUAGGUCUGUCCAUGGUUGUCUUUGGUAGAACUGGUCCAAUGUUAGUGUAUCAUACGUUUCAUACAGACAUCGUUGGAUUGGAUUAAGGGAUUAUACAGAGAAGUAAUACGAUAUGAAGUGUGUGUUGUCUGCAAUGACGGUGUGGCAACAAAGAACUCUUUACCCUUAUCCAUCAUAUAUUUAAAGGGACGUUUUUGAUACAAAAGUUGACUGGAAUUCCCUUAUCCAGAUUGAUGCCAGCCAAUCAAAUUUGAUGAGACAGUCAAAUGCAAUCUAUGUCCCACUUUAAUAUAAAAUGCCAAAGAAUGUGUAAUUGGACAAGUCACCGCCAUUGGAAGUGUAAGCAACUUGAGUUAGUUUUGUAUUUCUGGAAAUGAUUUUAGUCCUGUGUUUGUAUCCUUGCCUGUUGAUAACUUGACCGUGUGAAACUCCACAGCCAGCAGGAGUCCUGUCUACUUGUGCCAUUUUGCCACAUCAGUGAUGAUGAUUAGCUCAACUGGUAAGAGACUGGUACAACUAUUCUAAUGGUUCAUCAUCCUACGCUCUUUCCUGGUGACAUUUUUUCGGUCUUAGAUGAGGAAAAACAAUAAGGAAUGUGGUUUCUGAACAGCUGUAAAUAUUUGUGAGAGUUAUUUAGUCCAGAAACCAAUUUUGACCAUCCACAUCAGUAGAUAUUAAAUAGGUCAAGGUCACAUGACUUUGUUACGAUUUCUGUGUGAUUAGUUUAUGGGCAAUAACUUUGACACAUAUUGAUGGAUCUGAA